UAAAACAACACGUUCGAACAUGCAGAAGGGGACUCUCGUGUAGGGUGUGUCGAGGACUGUUUAUGUGCCUCUCUGGCCAACUUUCCCGGCCAUUAUUAAACAAGAAAAAAGCUGGCCUCGCCGCACAUCCACACGUUGAGACAGAGAAAAGAAAUGCGACAUUUGCUGUCUUUUUUUUAUUUUUAUUUUUUUUAAGUCGACUUUACCUUUGAUAACGUUGCUGUAAAUGGUGGCUCGGAAGUCCUCUCGGGCUCUCUGGUCGAAGUCCUGGCCGUGGAUGAUCCGCAUUUGUUUGAGGAACGUCGACUUGCCGCUCUCGCCCGCGCCGAGCAGCAGGAUCUUCACUAGGCGCUUCACGUAGGUUUUCUCCCGGGAGAGCCGCCGGUCGAUCUCCUUGGAGCGGCGGACCUGCUCCACCUCGCCGCUGUUGAGCAGACACACGGGCAGGCAAACUUUGAGCACGGAGCGCGACGGCAGGAAAUCCGCCAUGUUCGCGAGAGCCUCAUCGAUGCUAAUUUGGCUGCGCUGUGCGGCGGCGUAAGGAGGCACGGGACCAAGCCCCUUCCCUCCACUCAGGAAGUAGACUUGUUUGGUCGGCCGUCUCCGGUGUGCGCGGACACGGCAUGAUUAGCUCGUUAAAACUCCGCCAUAUCUUAUCUUUGCGCCGUUUGGACGUCGAGGAAAAGACGUAUUUAUAUCGACUGUAGUUUACACGUAUGACGCUAGCUAGGAGGAGGGUACGAUGUAAGCGCUAAGGAGUUCUUGGGUGUGUGUAUGUGACGCCAUAUCAAAAGCUAUAAGUGACAAAAAUAGGCAUUUUAUUAUUAUAUCAAACGCAGGAACGACCGUAAAAUUAAACUUUAAACUCUCGAUAAUGGAACGUCGCCCUCCAGAGGGCAGUGGUGGUACCAGUGGUGGGUAGAUUAGACACACAAUUUACUCAAGUAAGACAACUGUUACCUCUCAAUAAUGCUGCUCAACUAAAAAGUCGUCCUCCAAGUAAUUACUGAAGUAAAGGUAUAAAGUGUAGGGGUGGGUCAAAUAUCGAUUAAUCACAAUAAUAAUUAACUGAUCACAAUAUUCUUCACCCAGCUCAAUAUCGACUCAGGGAGUCCUCUGAAUUGAUUCACAGUCUGACCACUGGAGGGCGCAUAAGAUCUACCUCUGCACACUUAGCUAUAGCCAGAAAUGAAGGUCAUGUGAUAUAUAUAUAUUUUUUGAAGUGAUCUAUCACAAUUUCCAAGAGGUAAGAAAUAUUAUUGAAGUUUGCAAGCACUUUCCUUUUUCAUGCACUCUGGUGUGAGUAGCCCAUCCCCCACCAUUUCAGAAUUUGAGCUGUCCAGUGACACGGUUGGCAGGAGCGCGACCGGUCAGCAGUCACAUUAUGUUAAUCGCCGUACCGUGGCCCAAGGUUGAACCCAGGCAGGCUUUCACCUGUCAUGGUGGGGUAAGGUCUCACUUGCUGGGACAGCUACCCUGUUUUUGUGCCAGCUAGCUAUCGAGCUCCCUCAGCAGUUUCUAGCUCUCGUCAGUUUCCAUUCCGAAGGCCCAGGUGCUUGACUCUGCUAUGCUGUGGUUUUCCUGCUCCACCCUUGAACUCUUUCCCAUCUGCCUUGCAGUGGUUAAUCCUGCUUUACUUUCUCCCGCUCACCUGUCGUCCACCUUCAGCGUUAGCUCCUUCAUCCCUGCUGCUCCUCGGGCUCGGCUACCGGACACUUUCUCCGGUGAACGUUUUUCAUUUCGUCUUCAAAUCCGCUACGCUGGAUGGGAUGGACAUUUGCUCAUACACGCUAACCCCCCGUUAUUGUUAUUGUUUCUGUUUAUCAUACUGUAAAGCGUCUUUAGGUGUCCAGGAAAACACUCUAGAUAUUGAUUCAUUGUAAUUUGAGUAUUGAUAUUAUUAUGUCCACACCCAUGAGUAAAUUGUUGUGUGUGCUUAUUUUAUGAUUAUAGUCCAAAGUUACUAUUAAAUUUUGAAGGUGAGCCUCCUCUAAUGUAAUUUACAGUAGUGGCAUUUGAUUGACAGUUAACGGCUGAGCGGGGCGUGGUUUCAGAACAUUCAGUGGACACACCCACAGUGUUUCAGAGUGGCGAACAUGGCUUUAUUUGCCAUACUUUUUAAGUCUCCUUUUAUACAGUAUAUUUUACGAUGUAUUUUUUUAAUCAUUCAAAUUGGGCAACGUUGUUAAUAACACUCUUCUCUGUAGCGUGUCAAAUUUACAUGACAUUUAUUGGUUUUUGUUUGUUUGUUGCUUUACAGGGUCUUUAAAACAAAAACGUGUCCCCUUUCUUGAGCCUUGGGUAGUAGAUACCGAUUUUACUUGGGAAAACUCUCACAGCACACGUGAUACCACCAAACAAAAAUGUCACAGAAAUGAUCGAUUGUGAAAUAAUGUUCCUCUCGUAGAGUCCCGCUGCAGCUAAAAAUGUAAAAAUGGCAACUGCUAUGUAUUUAUGUGAUUUAUAGCAUGAAGUUACAUCAAAGACACCCAGGAGUCGCAAUCAAGUGGAUUCAUAGCACCUGCAAUGUUUUAAUCGUUGUGUUAAAACUGGAAUCACACACAAAAUGGAUUUAAAUGUGCAGUACGGUAUUUAUUAUAUGGGUCAUAUGAGUUAAUAUGACGCUUGCUCGGAGCACAAGGAGGCCAUGUAAGCUCAAACAGAGGUUUUGGGUGUACAGUCGACGACAAAUCUCAAUUUGUAAUCGACAAAAUAAUUAUUUUAUUAUUUGUAUUAAGCAGGGGAAUGAACACAAACGGACACUAAAACUCAAUGAUGGAAACCUGCCAUCUAGAGGAUGCUUUUGGUCAUAGUAACUUUGCUUGGGGAGAAAAAAAAAUGCCGCCUUCUUAUUGGUCCAUUGCUUUCAGGUUGAGGUAUGGUGCGUUCAUAGGCAUCGGAGAUGAACUCGUGUAAAAGGCUGUCUUUGACGGUAGAAAAAACGAAGUGACGCCUUAACCAUGUUUAAAAGGCACCACACCUGAGCAUUUAUUAUUACAACUAGUAAUUUAUCGAUGGGAUCUUGUUGAUUUGCCACUAAUAGCAAUACAACUCGUUUUUUCCGAGCUUUUGGGGAGCACAGGAAGACACCACUGGUACUGAUCGUUGCACGUCCCCUCCAGCCAGCAAGCAUCCCUACGCGAGACAGCUCACAGCGUGCGCGCGUGUGUGUGUGUGUGUGUGUGUGUGUGUGUGUGUGUAGUAAGUGGACAUUAUUAUCAUCGGUGAUCAUGACAAUUAGAAACACUCUGCGGGAUCACGGGCAGAGGUACCGACCACGGAUGGCGUGUCUGAAAAAGGCGGAAAAGGUAUUGCUGGAGAUGCAGGAUCCCAAAUCGGGAGUGAAGUCUCAGCCACAACGACUUGUCAUCACCACAAUACCGCAUGCCAUUACCGGCGAAGACAUUGUUGCUUGGCUGGCAGACAGAUUCCAAAUAGACACAAGAGAGGCCAGGUGUUUGGGCUCCAUGCUGGUGGCGCUGGGCUUCGUGUACCCUCUGCAGGACCACAAACGCUUGCUGCUCAAGCCCGAUGCGUCGCUCUAUCGCUUUCAGACGCCGUACUUCUGGCCCGCCCAGCAGUGGCCCGUGGAGGACACAGAUUACGCAAUCUACCUGGCCAAGAGGAACAUACGCAAAAAGGGAAUCCUGGAGAUGCACGAGCAGGAGCAGUACAACCGCCUUCAUAAGUGGAUGAAUCACAAGUGGGACUUCAUCGUGAUGCAGGCGAAAGAGCAGUACAGGGCCGCUAAGGAGAGGAAGAAACCAGACCGUGUGGUGUUUGACUGUCAGGAGAGGGCUUACUGGGUGGUCCACAGACCCCCGCCAGGCACCGUGAGUGCCAUGGACUACGGACUCGACCGGCGAAUCGAUCCAAACGCAGACGAGUGCUUUUUCUUCUCGCAGGCGAAAACGCCGGACUACUACGAGAGAAUUAUGAUCUUCACCCAGCACUCCAUCAUGAGGCCCAGAGUCAAGUCGUCCGUAUCCAUCGGCGCGUUGGUGAAAUACAGCGCCACUUACAACAACCACGACCCGUUCCUCUCCAAAUGUCUUCCCAGCAACCCCUGGCACACCGACGACAUCACAUAUUGGACCUUGAACAUGCCCAAUGUAGAAACGCCGACCAAGAUGCGUGUGGAGCGCUGGACGUUCAGCUUUGGCGAGCUGCUCUCGGACCCCCGUGGCCGCGACGACUUCAGGCGCUUUCUGAAAAAAGAGUUCAGCGGUACAACGAUGAUGAUGAUACCAGAGGAUAUGUGGGAUUACAAAAUGAUCGCUUUUUUUACAGGUGAAAACUUGGCAUUCUGGGAAGGCUGUGAGGAUUUAAAGUGGGGCACGGCAGCGACGAUGCAGGAGAAGGCAGAGCAGAUCUACAAGACGUUCCUGGCCCGCGGUGCCCCGCGGUGGAUCAACAUCGACGGGAAGACGAUGGAGAUCACGGUGAACGGCCUGAAGCAUCCGCACAGAUACGUGAUGGACGCCGCCCAGACCCACAUCUACAUGCUCAUGAAGAAAGACUCGUACGGCCGCUACAUGAAAUCGCAGGUUUUCAAGGACACGUUGAAAAAGGCCAACUGCCCCGAGGAACACAAGUUCACCGACGCCCAGUUGGAGCAGAAUGCUAAGAGCCGGCGGCCCAGCCUCAGUCCCAUCGUCCUCCGGCAGCAGGAGCUGGAGGAGCGCGCCAAGAUGGCCACCAACACGCCCGUCGACAUCACACAGGUCAUGAGCAAACUCAGCAGGCAGAAAUGAUGACGCUGUCUUUGUCUGUCAGCUUGUUCUAUCCGGGCGUUUUCCAAAUGUUGAGCAUUUUUGUGUGACUUUUAUUAGUUUAUUUACUAUAACUUUAAUUGUAAAUAGAUUAUUAUUAUUAGUAGUAGUAGCAGCAGCAGUAGUAGGUCGCAGUUGCAUUGUUAUUAAUAUUCUUACUGUUAGAUUGUCUAAAAAAUAUUUUCCUCCACUUUAAAAUUCUGUAAAACAUGUAUUAUUAUUAUUAUUUAUUAUUAUUAUUAUUAUUAUUAUUAUUAUCAUCAUCCUGUAGUAUUUAUUUGAUUAAGUUAGCCGUUUCUGUCAAAAAACCCGUUAAUUAUAACUUAGUUAUUAUUUUUAAUUAAUCUUAUUAAAUAAUUGGGUAAUUGUUUUAUUGUAAAUAAUAAAAUGAAAAAGUAUUUGUAAAAUAAACAAUUCUAUAAAUACAUUUAACAUUUUGUUUUUAUUUGAUUAAAUAAAUUUUACUAUUAUGUACAGUAUGUUACAAUUUACAAUUAAAUCCAUGAUAAAUAAUAAUAUUUAAAAAUGAGGAUUGAUUGUUAUUUUAUUUAAAAAAUAAUAAUUAUUAUUUUUACAUCAUCAAUAAAAAAUAAAAAAAAGUUUGCCCACCCCUGAUCUUAAUUGUUUUCAUCCAGUUUUUAAAAAAAAUCUCUAAAUGUUUUUUUUUCAUUUUCUAAAUCACAAUCGUGGCCCUAAAGAUACAUUUUGAAUUUACUUAAUUAUUAUUUAAAUAAGAUAUAAAAGAAUAAAAUAGGCAAAUGAAAUAUAAUAAAUAUUUCAUUUGCCUAUUUAAAAAAAAAAAAAAUACACAAUUUAGUAAACAUAUUUUAUUUCAGACC